UGUAAACAUCAUGGUGGAUCCGAUUUGCUGACAUUAAUACUGCAGUAAGAAAUUAAACAAGAAGAUGACACAUAUAUUAUGUACCUGGCUCAAUGAUGAGCUACAGAUUUCAAAGGAUAUAGAUGCCAACAACUUUGCACGGGAGUGUGCCACCGGAUAUAUCAUUGGAGACGUGCUACGCCACUAUGGGUUGCAAGAUGAUUUUAACCUUUUCUCUCAGAGCACCACCACUGACUCUAAGGUCAACAAUUUUACUCGACUUGAGCCAACAUUACAUCUCCUUGAGGUCCCAUUUGACACCAACAUUGCAAAUGAUAUCAUGCGAGAGAAACCAGGAGUUGCCACCAGACUGAUGUACCAGAUGUUUGUAUCUCUUCAUCGCAAAGAGAAAAAUAACCUGACUGGUGUUGCCAUGGAAACAAUGCGUCCAGCUGCCCCUGUCAAAUUAGAGGCCGUCGAGAGUCAAAUGUACAAAGAGAGAUUGAAGCACAUGACCCCACGUCAGACUGAUCUGAACCUCGAAGCCCUGGUGUCUCGCUUCCACGAGAAACAAAUCGAGAUGGAAUCGGUUGCAUUCAAGGACAGGUUUGAAGAGCAACAAAGACAGAAAGAGAAACUGAUGAGGGAGAGGCAAGCAAGACUGGAGAGGUCCAAACAGCAGAAGGCGAUGCAGAGUGAAAUCAUGGCAAAGAUUGAGUCUGCAACAGUAGAGAUCCCAAAGCCACCUCCCAACAAGACAGCCAAGGCUAUCGCUCAGAGGCGCCAUUACAGGAAACUGGUCGAAGCUGAGAAUACAAAACAGAGUAUCUGGGAAUUUGAAGAGCGCAUGAAAAUGGUUUUACCCCCAUCAAAACCCUUUGAAGAAACUGUCGGUGAUGGUAUAGUGACAACACAAGAGCCCAAAGACCCUCUUGAGUACAUCAAGGUACAAUCGAAUGACGAGUACAUCGGGAAGAUCAAAAGACGUCUGCAGGAGGAUGCGUCUGCCCGCGCUGAGAGAGAGAAGCGGAGGAGGAAGGUCCUGGUUGACCAGCUCAAGUCUCAUGAGGCACAAGAGGAGGCAAGACGAGAAGAAAUGCUGGUGAACCGCUUGAUGCGUCAGUCUCAACAGGAGCGUAGGAUUGCCGUCCAGCUGCUGCAGACGCGACACGAGAAGGAGAUCGUCAGGAGGAAUCGUAUCUUUCGGGAGAAGCAGUAUGAGGAGAGGCGGAUGAAAGACUUCGUUGAUGCUCUGGACAGAGAAGCUGAAGUUGCUCGCUUGGCUAAGAUUGAAUACGAAGAGCAGACAUUGAAGGACAAGGAUCUACAUGAUCAGAUCGCGGCCGAACGGGCGCAGGCCAAGUACCAGAAACAUUAUGAUACUUGCAUGGACGUGGUUAAUGAUAUGGUGGACUUCACAAGCAAGGUGGCUGAGUACAGGGAACUCACUGAAGAGCUGAUUCCUCCCAAGCUGUUCCGGGAAUGGAAAGCAUUGUUCACAGAAGGCAAGCCACUCUAUGAAGUGCCUGCUGAAACAGAGGAGACCAUGGAUGAGGUGACCCCUGAACAAGUCCUAGAGGAGGAGAGGCAGCAACUCCUUGAUGAGGGAGACUUCAUGGAAUACAAGGAAAUGAUAGGAGAAUGGAAUCCGCCCGAAGGCAGUGAGAUCACCACACCUCCAAGGAACAAUCCUGUUGUUGGUCAUGUCGUCCAGAGGCUAUUUAACAUUGUCUACCCUCCGACACCUCCCCCUCCCCCACCUGAGUUCCCUCCAUUCCCAAUCAAGGCGUGUGUCCUCGGGAAAGUCUUCAGUGGAAAGACGACUUGUGUCAAAGUCUUAGCUGAGAAUCAUCGUCUGCGAGUGUUGAAUACUGAUGAGUUGGUAGCGGAGGCAAUCGAGGCAAACAGGAACGGGGAAAUAGAAGAGCUUGAAGAAGAACCGGUCGAAGAGGCAAAGAGUGAACUGAUGAUGGCAGAGUCGUUCACGGAUGCUGCUAAAACUGGAACUCCAGCGGAGCCUGGGACUACACCGGGGACAGCUGCUACGGAGAAGUCGUCUGCUGAGGAUAGUAACAAGGUCCAGGAGCAGCAGGAGGCAACUGAGGAGGCUCCUGAUGAGAAGAAAGAUGAGGGAACUGAAAAAACUGAUCCUGAGAAGCCUAUCUCAGAUAAAGCUGAAUCUGAACUUGCACCUGGUACAGCGGAGGAAGUCUUGAGCACAGCAAAAUCGGUCAAGUCGGUUACCUCAAAGAGAUCGGUGAAGCCUCCAAAACCACAGCCGACUGCCCGAGCCAAACUAGGAUUAAAGGCGUCCAAGUUCUUGAAGAAGGGAAAACCUGUGGAUGAUCAGUGUGUUGUGGAGAUCCUCACGGAAGCUAUCAGACGUAUUCCAGAGGGCACUGGAUGGGUGAUCGACGGGUUCCCUACCACCUACAGCCAGGCAAAACUCCUCGAGAAAGCCUUAAGUGGUUUCGAUGGACCGGAUAAGUCCAAGUCCAGUAUCAAACUCACAGAGGGGAAAAAGGGGAAGAAAUCUACCCUUGCGCCUGACCCUCGCCCUCCACCACCACCAGCUGAACCAACCAGUGGUAUCAACGUCGUUGUUGUCUUUGAUAUCCCCGAUGAGCUGGCGAUGAAGAGGUCAGCUGGACGGACUUGCGCGAUUCAAGCAGACGAGACAUAUCAGCAGGAGUUCAAGCCCCCACCAGAGGGCAGUGCGACAGGCAUCGGUAAACAAGAGAGAGUCAUCCCUGUGGAGGAUCCAGCCCAUGACCAGGAGCAGAUUCAACAUAGAAUCACUGGCUUCCUGGAUGCCUGGCCAAAGCUGGAGAAAUGGUUCAACAAGUUUGGAAUCCUGAAGAAUAUAGAUGCAACGUUAGCAGAGGAUGUGCUGUAUCUUGAGGUGGAGACAGUUCUCGAGGAUACAUUGAAGAAGUUACAGGGUGUAGAGGAGGAGGAGUCAAUGCCAGUAGAAGUUACCACAGAAGAAGUCAAAGAGGAACCACCACCUGAGCCUGCUCCAGUUGAAGAACCCUCAGUUGAGCCACCAAAGGAAGAAGAACGCAAGGGCUCCAGACCUAGCUCUAAGAAGUCAAGAUCCGGUUCUGGAGGGAAGCGCUCUGGCUCUCGCGGCUCUGGGAAAGAAUCACCUGGCCGCAGCAAGUCACCGAAAGGCAAAGACAAGAGUGCAUCACCUAAACGCAAGAAAUCAGCCGAGUCAGGCAAGAAAAGUGCCAAAGGAAGCCGGGGAUCAUCACCUAAAUCUCCAAAACGUGGUCGAUCUGGGAAGAAAGGGAAGUCACCAGAACCGGAGCCCGAGCCAGAACCGGAGGUGCCUGCCGGUCCUCCGCCUCCAGAGCCAGGCUCGGAGGAAUGGGAGUACGUGGACCUGCUUAUUGAAGACCAACUGGCUGAGGUCUUGGCACCGUAUUGGGAGGCGGUCGAAAACACUUACGUUGCCAGCAGUAAAUCAUCGUUCAGGAAGAUUAGGGAUGAGCGGGAGAUGAUUAUCAGAUACUUCUACCAGAUCAGACAAGAUUUCAUGCAGUUUCUCAAGCGGCCAGAUCAUAAACAGGAGUUUGUCACCCAGUGGCAGAAGGAAUACAAUGAGGUACCCGAUGACAUGCGGGAGGAUGAAGAGACGAGAGCGGAGCUGCAUGAGCGAGUUGAUGAUCUCCGUGAGAGGCUGUGGAGCAUAUGUGACGAGAGGAAGGAACAAGCUGAGGAGGAGAGGAACUCAAUCAUGAGUGACGGCUGGCUGGAUGAUCGACUCGGCAUACUCAGUAACUUUUACAUCACACUUAUGCAGGGAGAAUUAGAUCGGUUCCAGGACACACUAAGGAUGAUGAAGGACUACUAUCGUGGAAUGGAAGGCCAUAUUCCUGAUGAACUCAAAGAAGAAUACAGUAGAAUACCCUUGAUAGAGAUUCCUCCAGUUGAGAGACCAGGUUCUCCUGACAAGAGUGUAACUGGCAGUGAAGGGCCGCCUGGAUCAGAAGAUGCCAAGGAAUCGCCACGUAAAGAGCCAAGCAAAUCAGCGACCCCUACUGGCAAGAAGGGUAAAGGGAAGGAGGUGCAAUCGGAGGGAGAAACAGAGGGGGAGGAAGGAGAGAAGAAACCACGCAUCCCUAUGGUGCCACGCCGCCCAGUUUCUCCCGAUGCAAACCAAACAGGAGCGACCCCUGGUAAUAAAGACAAGAAGGAUAAGAAAGGAGCGAAAUCAAAGGAGCGUCAGCCGGGGGCAGAGGAGAAGGAGGAACAACCGCCACCCCCUACAGAUGCUGAUGAGAGGCUUCUCUAUGAUGCUCUAUGGACAGCUACUCAUGGCAUUACUGCCAUGAUUGCUACAGAGGAAGCAGCAAGAGAACUAGAAGAGGAGGCUGAGAAGGAGAAAGAGGCCCAGAAAGAGAGGGAGAAAGCUGCAGCGGCUGCCAAGACCAAGGGUGGGAAAGGGAAGGGUGGAAAGAAGAGUCGGAGUCCGUCUCCCAAGAAGAAGAAGGAUGCACCAGUGGCAGAGACACCUCCUCCUGCAGCUGAAGAAGAAAGUGAGGAAGAGAAGGAGAAGAAGAUGAUCAAAGAGAAGAUGAGGGAAGAGUACUUCUUUGCUAUCAAGGAGGAAGCUGAAGCCUGUAAAGUCCGAAUGAAUCUUGUCAAAACAAUGGGAGGUACUGUGCUGCAGGACCUGAAGGGCAAAGGAGACACCUCCUUCAAGGACAUGAAUGACUGGCUCGGUGCAAGGUUCCUCAGAGAAAUGGAAAGCAUUGAUCACAUGUCACAGAUCAUGAGAGAUGCCAUUGAGCAUGGCGUCUCCAUUAAGAAUGAGCUCGUUCUGCAACAGGAAGAUUUCAUCAUUGCAUCUGAUGUGAAAGCAGUCAAGACACCCAGUCCACCUCCAACCCCUGCUCCUGUUGAACAGCCAAUGCCUGAACAGUUCACUGUUGAUCAACUCAACAUCAUUUACAAUCAGUUUGUGCACAUUGCACCAAGUGGUGUUCUAUCCACCAAGUCCUUCAUCGAUAUGUUCCAAGACCUCACCUCGCUGACCCACGGCAUGGAGAUCAUGCCUGAUAUCUGGAUGAACGUCACGCCUAAUCAGCUCCAAGACAUGGCUGCCAUGAUUUCACCCGACUCAGAGUACAUCGAUUGGCGUGCAUUCCUGCUCGCCGCUAGUCAGCCUUGGCCGAUGCCUACUCAAGCUCAGCUGUUGGAGACGUUGGACAAGUAUAAGGAGAUGGAUCAAAAGGAGACUGGCUUUGUGACGAGGGAACAGUUUGAUAGGGUUGACUUGUGGUUUAAACCUGAGCCUCCAGUAGCGCCCGUCGAACAUCAGGAGGUUGAAGCCCAAGUUAAGGUACUAGAAGGAGAAGAAGAAGUACUGGUUGAAAAAGAAGUGCUGGUUGAAGUUCAAGCUGAAGAAGAAGUUGGUGUUGAGGUGACACCUGAAAUCAGUGCACCCAAAUAUGACAGGAUUGGGAACCUGAAGAAGGCAUUCUUUGAUUUCUUCCUAGAUCAUAGCAAGACGCCACUGCAGGUCAAUUAUGUCGAUAUGCUGAUGUACUUCUCUGCCGCCCCUGAUCCAUAUGAGGGUUUCCUACGAGCUCUCUCGGUGGCAUCAGGGGUUCACAUGCCACGCCCACACAUGCUGCAGGGACGGCAACCUAGUUUCAGCAGCAGUGAUAUGGAUCAAGAGAAACCACUCAUUGAAGAGGAGGAGAUUCCAGAGUCAGCGACGAAGGCCCAAGUACCCUUGGAUGCUCUCAUGCGGGUGCUUCAUCACGGUGAAAGAGACAGAGGAGACAGUCACAGGUUUGCCGUAGCAACAGAUCCUGAAGAUGCACUCUCUGGGGAGAGAAUGUGUGGUGUCUACCAAGAACUUGGCAGUGAAAACUUAGACACCAUCCAAUUCAAAGUCCUCAAAGAACAUCCCGUCAUUCAAGACAUCUUAGCAAACUUCAACAGAUUCAAACAACCAGAUCUGAAAUCUAUUCUUGCCAGCCAAGUUGCAGAUAAUGUUGAUGCUCAUAGUACGAAGACGUUGGAUUAAACUACCAUUCCAUUCUGCUCAAAAUCUAUCUAAAAAUAUCAACUGUCUGAUGGUAAUUUUUUAAAUGGUUCACUAAAACACUCUUGGAUAUCCGUGGAUAUCGUCUUUUGUUAAAUUAUGUCAAAUGUGUGACAAGUUGUUGUGAGAAACCGUCCUGUGUAACAAAUUCGGCUGUCCUUCAUGCCAUUCCUCCAAAUAAUAAUGAUAAUUUGAAAAAAUGUACAAGUCCGUCCACGAAUCCCUUGACAGUAUUGUUUUGUAUUGUACAUGGAUACAGGCAGGUAGACAAAGUAUGUUCAAAAUCCGUCCAUUAUUUGUAUUCAACAUAUUCAGAGUAAAAUAUUUGAUUACUAUAUGUUUAUUGAAAUGAAUUCCUGUACAGUCAUUGUUAUGUUUGAAUACACAAAUGAAAAACAAA